CUUCUUCCUCACUCUCCCGCCGUCGUCAGCUAAUUGCGGAGAAGUACUCUCUGGAGCCGCCACGUCUCAGUGAUCCGACUACGACACCUUUCUUCACUCUUCUUCUUGCGUCUUCUCUGCUCUCGUGGUCUCUCUGUUAUUUAAUUUUAAUCGAUUGAGAUCGCUUUUAGCUCUCGUCUUUGAAUUUUACGGGCAGAAAAUGGGUGAAGAAGCUCGAGCGUUAGAUAUGGAGGAGAUCAGUGACAACACGACGAGACGAAACGAUGUCGUUCAUGACUUGAUGGUUGAUUUAUACCCGCUUAGCAGCUACUACUUCGGUUCAAAAGAAGCUCUUCGCGUCAAGGACGAGAUUAUCUCUGAUCGAGUCAUCAGAUUGAAAUCCAAUUAUGCUGCUCAUGGAUUGAGAACUUGCGUUGAAGCUGUUCUUCUGGUUGAGUUGUUCAAGCAUCCUCAUGUUUUGCUUCUUCAAUAUAGAAACUCCAUUUUCAAGCUUCCUGGUGGUCGUUUGAGACCUGGAGAAUCAGAUAUUGAAGGUCUAAAACGGAAACUAGCAUCAAAGCUAUCGGUUAACGAAAAUGUGGGUGUUUCGGGUUAUGAGGUAGGAGAAUGUAUUGGGAUGUGGUGGAGACCCAACUUUGAGACAUUGAUGUAUCCUUUCUUGCCACCUAAUAUUAAACACCCAAAGGAAUGCACAAAGCUUUUUCUUGUGAGAUUACCGGUACAUCAACAGUUUGUUGUGCCUAAGAACUUCAAACUCCUCGCUGUUCCAUUGUGUCAACUCCAUGAAAAUGAAAAGACUUAUGGGCCGAUCAUGUCGCAAAUUCCUAAGCUUCUUUCGAAAUUCUCCUUCAACAUGAUGGAGAUAUGAACGAACCUCAUGAUCAUUGCCUCUAGUAGCUCUUGCCCCCCGCAAUUUGUGAUAGGAUUAUGUUUGGGGAAAUCGUUUGUGGAGCCUCUCUGAGUCUGUGACUAUAUAAUGUAUAUAGGGCUUAUAAUAUAUAGACAAUGUUGAAGAAUAGCAUGUUCUUGUUGGUUAUAGAGACUAGACAUGAAGUAUACUGAUAGAUAGAUUAAUCAAUUCGAAACAAUUUUUCUUUGUGUGAUAAUUUCGAUGUGUAAUUGAAUGUAUACAUGAGUAAAACAAAUAUAGGGGUGUAUGCUUAUUUGUAUAUUCCUUGUUGAAGAAAACCUUGUUAUCUUCAAACAUGAAACCGAGAAACAUAAGUAAAGAUUUU